CCUGUGGCUCUGUAACGGAUUCUUUUUUAGCUUUGGGCAGUUAACUGUCAUUGUAGUUGCCUAGCAACAAUGGACAGCAGAGCAGUGCCAGGGAUUCCAAAACCCUAAGGAAUGAGGUUAGUCGGUGUCUGUCCAUGGACAGAGGAUCUCAAUGGGCCUGCCAAGAUGGGAGGAUGUCACAGCAAGAAAGUUGUAAUCCCAGAUAUUGAGACCUCAGCGAGAUGCAGGUCGAUGCUUGGAAGUUAUCAGUCAUAUAUUCAGUCACAAAACAGAACAUCGGGAAACUCACCAGACAGUGGACAGACAGUAUUUUCUCUGGAACACUUGGAGAUUUGCCUGAAGGAAGCAGAGGAAAAGGCUAGAGCUCUGUUGGAACAGCUUACAGCUUCUGAAGCAACAAAAUCACAACUCCUUGAGAAGGUCUCCAUGCUGGAGGGAAGGCUAGAGGAUGUGAACCGAAAGAACGUUGGUGGAGAGUUGUAUGAAAACAUGGUUCUUGAGAAAGACAAGUGCAUUGAGAAGUUGCAAGCUGAAGUCAAAGCCUCCCAGGAGAAACUUAACAUCCAUAAACUAAAGCACAAAAAGGCAGUGAAAAAGCUACAAACUGAUUUGGCAAUAGCUAAGCAAGAGGCUGCCAUCACUGUCCUGGAACUCAAUGAGAAGAUAAUGACACUCUGUGAAGGAAGGCCCUUCCCUAGAGGAUCUCUCAAUGAACCUGAAGUAACUGUUUCGGCUACACUGGCUGCCCAGCAAGCUCAAGCAACCAACUCAGUGGAAGUACUCUCCGGAGGUCUCCCACCUGUGGAAGAAAGCGACAGGAAGUUUUCCCUGAUCAUGGAGCUGUCCACCCAACUUUCCCUUCAGACGGAGAAGAUCACUCAGCUCGAAGACACCUUAGCGGAAAAGGAAAAGAAGAUCGAGGAGCUGGAAGCAGAGUGCACUUCCCAGGUCCCCCAAGGUGAAGACAGACUUACAGAAGAUUUAUAGGAACCCCCUGCCGUCCGUCCCCACCCCUCCCCACUGUAAAUGAUGAGGCUAGGAGCGCUCCCACCACCUCUGAUGGGGAGUGGAAUGGUUUCCCAUGUGACAAUAAAGUUUAGUAAGUGUCAUCAA